AAGUACGGCGAGAUCGCAGUCGGGUUGUGUAGCUCUGGUCCCCCAGCACUUGUUUUGGCUCAGGCCGGGGGCUAGUUGCCCGAACUGUCGCAGGCAGAGUGGGAGCGCGAGGCCGAGCUCAAGAGCCGCCAGCUCAGGGAACGUCAUGGGUUUCCUGACCGCAGUGACUCAAGGCUUGGUGCGGGGAGCAGACAGGAUGAGCAAGUGGACCAGUAAACGAGGGCCGCGCACCUUUAACAAGGGACGGGGCGCCAAGGGCACAGGCAUCCGUGCCUCAGGCUGGAAGUUUGUGCAGAUAAAGGAAAAGGUCCCAGAAUUUGUUGUCCCAGACUUGACUGGCUUCAAGCUCAAGCCCUAUGUGAACUACCGAGCUCCUGCAGGCACAGACACACCACUGACUGCCAAAGCACUCUUCCUGGAAACAGUUGCACCUGCUAUCCAAAAGGACUUUAAAGAAGGCACUUUCAGUCCUGACAACCUGGAAAAGUACGGCUUUGAGCCCACACAGGAGGGCAAGCUCUUCCAGCUAUAUCCCAAGAAUUUCCCACGUUAGAAAGUAGAUUGCCUUGGAACUAGAGGCUGCUCUGACCCAGCUUGUGAUCUUGAGUUCCUGGAGGAGUAUGGGGCAGUUUCUCCAUCCUGUUUCUAUUAAAAGCGUGCUACUUGGGCUGGGACUGAAGCUCAGUGGUAGAGCACUUGCCUAGCAUGUGUGAGGCACUGGGUUUGGUCCUAGCACCAUGUCAAAAAAAAAAAAAAAUUGUGUCUAUCUACAACUUAAAAAAAAAGUGUUACCCUGUGCAGUGUGUGGUUGGCAUCAGGUGGUGGAAUGUGUGCUGCAUAACAGAGUCCAUGCAACUUUA